AUGGGUUCCUCUCCCUUUACAAUGAGGUCAAUCCUCGCCCUCCUUCUCCUUGGCAUUCAACUUGUCUCCGCCCUGAAGUUCGACUUGCCCGCCAGCAGCGGCAAGAACGAGCGAUGCGUCCGCAAUUUCGUGUCUCGCGACCAGCUUGUCGUGGUCACUGCCAUCGUGAGCGGCAACAAGGGUGAUGGCCAGCAGGUCAACAUGCACAUCAAGGAUGCCAUGGGCAAUGACCACGGUCGUCCUAAAGAUAUUGCUGGUGAGGUGCGCCAGGCGUUCACCUCUACCGCGGACACCGCCUUCGAUGUGUGUAUGGACAACCAGCUUGUCGGUCGUGGCGCCAAUGCCAACAGCUUCCGUGAAGUCGAGCUCGACGUCGAGAUUGGCGCCGACGCCCGCGACUGGUCCAGCAUUCAAGUCCAGGAGAAGCUCAAGCCCGUCGAGACUGACCUUCGCCGUAUCGAAGAGAUGGUUCAAGACAUUGUCACGGAGAUGGAAUACCUACGUGCCCGUGAGCAGCGACUACGCGAUACCAACGAAAGCACCAACGAGCGUGUCAAGUGGUUCGCCUUCGGCACCAUGGGCAUGCUGAUGGGUCUCAGGCGCGUGGCAGACUACGAGGCAGAUGCCCAAUAUCCUAUCAAGCAGUCCGAAAGCGGCUGUGUAAUCUUCCGAGGCUCAGUGGGCCACCGACCCGCAAACAUUGCAAACCCCGAGACGCCGGGUAACGUACAUUUUUGGGCCAUUACUCCAGAUGACAUCAAGCUCGCGCAGCUAAGUACCUCUCAACUUUCCACUCUCCCAAGUCCCGAUUCCUUCCAGGACAGCUUAAGGAACAACAAAAUGACUACCUCGCGACUCAUCACCCGCCUCGUGCGGCCCUCAGCUUCAAGCUACACCCCAGUCUCAGCAUUGAACCGCUCAUUCGGCUCUUCGGCUCUGCGCUUCAACGAUAUCAGCGACCGCGCCGCUGCGGAUCUCCAGGCUCACCGUGAGAUCCAGACCAAGAAGCAGCCAAAUCAGUCCGUGCCGAACACCACAUCCACCAUGACUAAGGACUUCCCCAAUGUUGGCAAGAAUCCUCCUCCUCCUGAGAUGCUCAGCUCCGUCGAUCCUAACUACCGCCCUGCGGAUCCCUACCCGGGCAGGAUCGAGCAUUUCACGGGUGGACGCCAGGAGACUGGUGCGCAGAAGCCGGAGCUCGGCGUUGGUGAGAUGGAGGGUAUCACUUUCAAGGUCGAGCCGUUGAAGCGGGUCAACGAAGACGUGACGACCAUGCGUGCCCGUUUACUAUACCAGAGCCGCAAGCGUGGUAUUCUCGAAUCCGACCUUCUCCUGUCAACCUUCGCAGACGUGUAUCUGCGCGACAUGUCCCACGCCCAGCUCAAGGAAUAUGAUAGCUUCCUCGAUGAGAACGAUUGGGAUAUCUACUACUGGGCAACCCAGGACCCACCUACCGAAGACUCCUCUGCGCCGGCCGAGGACACUCUGACCGAAACGUGGAAACAGACUGGCGCCAAGAGCGGCGAGUGGGCGCAGACGGUUGGCGCGUUCAAAGCUGCGUACAGACCUGUUCCGGAGCGAUGGAAUGGCUCGGCAGUUUUGGAAUUGUUGAGGGAGCACGUUCGGGACAAGAGCGCGACUGGGUUUGAGUCGGCGAAGAACAAGAAGACUGGAGGCGGACUGGGACGGAUGCCUAAUGUUCAGGUGUUUAAUUCGUAG